CUUCCUGUCCCAUGAGAUCCUGCAACCCACGGCGUCUUCUCUUCAGCCCCGAUCGAUCGAACAACUGAGAUACCGUAGCUUAAUUCCAUGGCCGUCAGCCUGUGGCGAUCUGUGUUCGGAUCCGCUGCCUUGGCCGCGCCGGGGGAGGACGGCGGCGUCGCGUUCUGGUCCAACCCUGAGCGCAAUGGGUGGCUGACCAAGCAGGGCGAGUACAUCAAGACGUGGCGCCGCCGCUGGUUCGUCCUCAAGCAGGGAAAGCUCUUCUGGUUCAAGGAUUCCCAGGUCACCCGCGCCUCCGUGCCCCGCGGCGUCAUUCCCGUCGCCGCCUGCCUCACCGUCAAGGGCGCCGAGGAUGUCAUCAACCGCGCUUUCGCCUUCGAGCUCUCCACCCGAUCCGAGACCAUGUACUUCAUCGCCGACUCCGAGAAGGAGAAGGAGGAGUGGAUCAACUCCAUCGGCCGAUCCAUCGUCCAGCACUCACGGUCGUUGGCCGAUGCCGAGGUCGUGGACUACGACAGCGCCAAGCGUACUGCCACGACCUCGUCCUCGACUGAUGCGAAGCCCUCCAACACCGAUCAAGAAUAGCCGAUCCAUGAUGUACAAAUUCGCCUCUCUCAAAAUCUAGGAGUUAUGUUGAUAAUAUGCCAUCCCAAGGGCAGCAUUAUGUUGAUAAUUUGCCAUCCCAAAGUUGCUGUGAUGGCGUGUAGUGAAUGUUAGACGGCUUGUGUUUCCAGCCUGAGUAAUGCAUAAUAUUGCAUAUUAUUUGUAGCAUCAAACUAAGUCUGAAAAUUCUCAGUUAAGCACAUGGCAUGCAACUUCUCCUUUAAGCUUAUUUAUUUAUAUUGACAAUGACUGUCUUGACAUAAUUCAAGUUGGGAACGCACAUGGCAUUCGUUUGCACGAGAGUGAACAGGAAUUUGAAAUUUAUUAUUUGAUCCUGAAUCAGAUAAUCAGGUUUUAAAUUGGUACGAGAUUUUGCUAAGAGCGCCAUAUCAUAACUCGUCAUCAGAUGUAAUUUUCAUAUAUUUGAUACGGUGCAUAAUGAUAGAGUCAGAUAAAAU